AGAGAGAGAGAAGAGAGAGAGAGAGAGAGAAAGAGAGAGAGAGAGAGAGAAUUUGUGAUUACUCAUCUAAAUACUAAUCCAACAAAGACAGGGAGGUGGUAGAGAGAGAAGAAGAGUUGCAGAUAGUGAAGAAGUCUAGAGAGAGAUUUGGGCCUCUUUUACAAAAAUUCCACACCAAUGUGGGUUUUCUUCCAUGAUAACAAAAGCCCAACUUUCUCCACGUCACAAAUUUCUCUUCUCAUAUGUAUAUAACAUAGAGAGAGCUCGGACUUCGGACUAUAAGAAAAAUGGAAGAUUUGUAUGCAAUAUUAGACUUAUUUUGAUCGCUUCGGAUAAAGGUUUCAUUUCCAGGCAAUGUAAUUUUGUUCAGAAUGGCUGAGAUAUUGAAUAGCGGCUUCAGAAAUGGUGUAAAUUCAUCAUUUUCCCAUCUCUAUUCUCUCUCUACAAGCCAUAAAUUGAGAAUUCCUCCAUAUUUUCGCGGAUGUAAAGUGGGUUUUCUUGGAAACAGAGGUAUGGGCGGAUCCCAAAAAAGAAUAAUUUUUGUGGAUGAAGUUAGAGUCACAAAAUUCACCAGUUUUAAGGAAUUCAAUGGGUGGGUUUCUCAGUGUAGUUUUGCUCCUGUGAAUUAUUCAAUAAGGGCUAUUUAUAUCGAAUCAUCCGAGCUAAACUCAAUAGAAUCAAAAGCAAAAAUACCACCUUGGGGUGUUAAAUUCAUCACUGAAGACAAAAAUGUUGAUUCUACUUCAGUUUUUGGGUCUAAUCAUGAUUCAAAGAGGCCUCAUCCUGACAUGAGCAAACCCACUUCAAGUUCUGAUUCAAAAGUGCAACAGAAUGAGUUAAAGAUGCAUUUCUUAGAGGAAACAAAUGAAGAAAGUUUGUCGAAAAGGAUCUUGGUACUAAGCAGAUCAAACAAGAUCAACAGUGCUUUAGAAUUGUAUAUGUCAAUGGAGAUGUCAUCUCUUCAACCAAACUUGCAUUCUUGUAACUCUCUUAUAUCUUGUCUUUUGAGAAAUAAUAGGCUUGAUGAUGCUCUAAAGAUGUUUGAUACAAUGAAGAAGAAGAGAGUGGUUUCAGGCCAUACAUACAGCUUGAUAUUUAAGGCAAUUUCCUUUUGUCAAGGUUGGGAGAGAGCUUUGAAAAUGUUCAAUGAACUGAAGACAAAUGAUUUUGAUAUAGUAGUCUAUAAUACUUUGAUCUCUAUAUGUGGAAAAGAGAAUCAAUGGGACCAAGUACAGCUUCUUUGGAGAGGUCUUAAGCAAGAUGGUCACAAAGGAACUAUGGUUACUUACUCAUUGUUAGUGAGUAUUUUUGUAAGAAAUGGGAGGCCUGAACUAGCCAUUGAUGCAUAUCAUGAAAUGAUAGAAAAUGGGUGUAAACCCAGAGAAGAUGUCUUGAAAGCUAUGGUUUCAGCCUGUGCACAGGAGGGGCAGUGGGCUUUGGCUCUAAGCAUAUUUAGGCAAAUGUUGAAAGAUGGAUUGCACCCAAAUGCUAUUGCAUAUAAUACACUGAUCAAUUGCUUGGGAAAAGUUGGAGAGGUUAAACUCGCUAUUAAAAUCUACAACCAUAUGAAGGCAUCGGAAAAUAAACCCGACACAUAUACAUGGAAUGCAUUACUCAGUGCACUAUAUAUUGCAGGUCAAUAUGAUGAUGCUCUUUUGCUGUUCGAAAGAAUUGACAGUUCACAGUUGAACAUUCAUAUAUAUAACUUGGCUUUGAUGUCAUGUAAACGGCUAGGCCUUUGGAAACAAUCCUUGCAGUUGCUGUGGAAGAUGGAGGCUAAUGAGACUAUGCCUUCAACUCUAUCUUACAAUCAUGUUAUUGGUGCUUGUGAAGUUGCAAGGAAGCCAAAAGUUGCUCUGCAAGUCUAUGAACAUAUGCUUAUGACGAAGUGUACACCGGACACAUUUACUUAUGUAUUGCUUAUUAGAGCAUGUGUGGUCGGAGCUCUUUGGGAUGAAGUGAUGGAAAUCUUAAAUCGUAUCCAACCAAAUGCGUCACUCUAUAAUGCACUCAUUUAUGAUUUGUGCUCACAAGGAAAGAUCACAUCAGCAAAAAUGAUGUACUCAAGGAUGCGUGCGUAUGGGCUCAACCCUGAUGGUCGAACAAGAGCCUUGAUGCUUCAACACUUACCAUCAGAUUCCGUUAAGGAGUACAUCAGCUCAAUCUUGUUGCCCUCGGCAACAAGCAUGUAUGAACCAUCUCGCGGAGUACAUGUCCGGAUAGCUCAAAGUCUCCAUAGUUAGCUCUAGAUCUUCCGGUCGAAAAACAACGUCGAUGAAGAUGUAUAGGUGCACUAUUACGUGGUGGGAUUCCAAUUUUUCAUGAAAUUUCUAUUUGUCACUCAACAAUGGAGUCUUGCUUAUUUCUUUUUGUAAGGAUCGACGAA